UAAGAGCAGCUCUUAGUAGAAAUCAUUUCUUCACGAGUGGACGCUUUUGCACUCGAUUUCAGUAGACACUGGUUUUUGAUUUGGAACGAAAAAUAUUAAGAUUCGGUGAUGUAAACGGGAGAAAAUAAGAGAAAUAAAUGGGGCUUUAUUUUAGUUCAUUUGUUAAAGGUAUUGAAGAUGUAUGAAAUUUGAAAAUUUUACAUUUGUUCAAUGGAAAGUAGUUCAGAAACCUACAGAAGAUUUUUGACAGAUUGAAAUUACAUCAAAGAUCCAUGAUGGCGUGUUGCAUGACUUCAGAUCCAAAUCGCCGGCACAGUCGCACCAUCGACAAAGAAAUCGCACAGUGGAUGAAAGAAUAUAAGAAAACGGUCAAGUUCCUCCUACUGGGAGCCGGGGAAUCCGGGAAAAGUACAAUCAUCAAGCAGAUGAGGAUACUUCACACGGGAGGUUUCUCUGACAAAGAAAGGCAAGAAAAAAUUAUUGACGUCAAAAGAAAUAUUUUAGAAGCUAUUAAGGAAUUAAUUGGGGCUAUGAGCAGAUUGAAGCCACCAGAAACAUUAGCUGAUGAUGAUAAUAAAACAAGUCUUGAAUAUGUAGAAUCAAUAAGCUUGAUUGACGAUUACGGUUUUCCUAAUGAAUUCUACGAGCACGUCAUCAAGUUAUGGUCCGAUCCAGGAGUCCAGAGAACGUUCUUGAGAAUGAAUGAAUUUCUUCCAAUCGAUUCUGCUAAAUAUUUCUUGGAUAAAGUCCACGCAAUACGAAAGGAAGAUUAUAUACCAUCCGAUCAAGACAUACUCCACUGCAGAAAGCGGACAACAGAAAUCCAACGCAUCGAAUUUGCUGUGAAAAUCCCGAAGAAAUAUGGCGGAGGAUAUCAGUCAUUUUGGAUGUUCGAUGUCGGCGGACAGAGAGGGGAACGACGUAAGUGGAUCCAAGUAUUCGACGGCAUCACUGCCGUUUUGUUUCUGGUUGCCUCUUCGGGUUUUGACCUCAAACUGCGGGAAGACCCUCUCGUAAACAGACUUCAGGAAUCUCUCACACUUUUCCAAGAUGUUUGGAAGAGUCGUUUUUUGAAAGAAUCUGGUUUCAUCCUCUUCCUCAACAAACAAGAUCAACUAAAAGAGAAGAUCGAGAGAGGAGCUCGAAUACAAGACACUUUUCCUGAAUACUUGGAAUACACACCUAAUGAUGCAGAUUCCACAACUGAAUAUGAAAAAGUUCGCAGUUUCAUUCGUGAUCUUUUUCUGGAUGAAACAAAGAAGCAACAUCAAGCUUCAAGCAUCUGUAGUAAUGAUGAUUAUUAUAACUACAGAAGAAGUUCAAAGAAGAGGGAUUGUUACUGGCACUAUACAACAGCAACAGAUACCAACAAUAUCAAAAGAGUGUUUGAGGACAUUCAUACAAUGAUUGUGAUGUUGAAUUUGGAAAGUAUAUCCCCUACAUGAAUCAUGAUUUAUAUUGAUAUUUUAUAACAAUUUUACAAUAGAUUUGUACUUCUGAAAGUAUAUUUGAUAUUUUAUACAAUAUUAUACAAAUAAAAGUUCUAGAAUAUAAUUUGAAAUUAUACAUAACAUACAUAAUAUUACUAAUCUUUCUAUCAAAUGCAUGUAAAU